AUGGAAAUAUGGAAUGUUUUUAUGGAACUAGGAGAAGGGGAUGAGCAGGAGAAAGACAACAAACUGACUGUAGCCAUGAAGAAGUUUGAACAUUUCAAGAUGCUUCCAAAUGAGACAAUCAUGGACAUGGAGCUGAGAUUCACCAGACUCAUGGGAGAUCUGACUAAUCUCGGGAAGGAAUUGACCGAGAAAGAAAGGAAUCUAAAAAUUCUUCGUGGCCUGCCAAAAUCUUGGGAAAUGAAGGUCAUUGCAAUGAGGGACAAUCGAGACAUGAAAACAACGAGCACGGCCAAGAUCUUUAGUGAUCUCAAAGCAUAUGAGUUCGAACAUGACCCGAAAGAUGCCGAAGAAUCUGAAACGAGAAAUAUCGCUCUCAUGGCCAACCAAUCAGCAUCAACAUCCAACAGGAAGAACAACUUUCAAGACUCUCAUCGUUCGGGUCACCGAAAGCAACACGAAAGUUCUCUUCAAACCUCAAAGGCAGAAACCACAGACUCGCAACUGUUGUGCUACAAUUGUCGAAAACCAGGACAUUUUAAGGCCAAUUGUCCUCAUCCAAUAGUGAGCAAGCAUCAAGAUAGUAACACUACCAAAAGCCCAUCCAAGGAGACUGGAGAAAGAUACAAAAGAAAUGACAAGCCAGAAUCAUCAGGCUCCAGAAACGAGAGAAGAAGGAAGGCAAUGGUAGUGAACGAAACCUCUGACACAGUUGUGAACGAAAGUAGCUCCUCAAGCUCGAGUUCAGACAUCGAAAGUUCUGAAGAAGAAAAAGGACUCCUAUGCCUUUUCAGUCAGGAAUCAGAAGAUCUAUGCCUUAUGGCUGACGAAGAUGAGGUAAACUCUCAUUCAUCUUCUUGUUAUUCAGCUGAGUCAAGUUCUGUAGAGAGUCAAACCUCCAAUGAAUCGGUUACCGAAAUGAUGAGGAGGUUCAAAGUGAUAAAUAACACAUACUCCAAACUUAAGGAGGAGAACUCUCGGCUCAUGAUUAGCUACAAUGCGCUAAGGCAAGUUUGA